GUAUAAACUGUAGUGAAAGCGAAAGUCAGCAGCUCCAUUUUGUGACGAGUGAAAAAUAAAAGAUUUCAGGAGUAAAAACACAGGUUUAAUUUAACACACCGAUGGAGUGAAGUAAACGUGUGUCCUGCUGUAAUCUGGAGUAGGAGACAUGACCUCCAACAUGAGUGUGUCUGGAAAACAGGACUUAAAGAAAGACGAAAGAAUGAUGAAGAGAAAGAGAUCAGACUCACCAGAACCCAGCUGUGUGUCCAUGAAGAGUGACGCGUCAAUGGAUCAUCUAUUUAACUUCAGUGAAAGAGAGAGUUCUACUGAUGUGAGAAUGAUGAAGAGAAAGAGAUCAGACUCACCAGAACCCAGCUGUGUGUCCAUGAAGAGUGACGCGUCAAUGGAUCAUCUAUUUAACUUCAGUGAAAGAGAGAGUUCUACUGAUGUGAGACCACAAAUGAAGAAAUCAAACAUCAGGAAAAAUCAGCUGGAAUCCAUAUUCAAGGAGCUGGAACACAAAGUCAUCACUCUGAUAAAGAAUGAGCUGAAGAGGUUUAGGAAGCUACUGAGUCCAGAUUACCCAGCAUGCACUGAGAGGGAGGUGGAGGAUGAGGAGGAUCUGCACAGUGUCAGAGAGGGAGCGCUGAAGAUCACACUGCAUGUCCUGAAGAACAUGAACCACUCAGAUCUCGCUAACACACUGUACAACAAACUCACCUCUGUGUAUCAGCCAAAGUUGAAGUCCAAGCUGAGAGAGAAUUUUAAAAGAAUUAAGGAAGGAAUCCCACAGCAUGGAAGCUCAGCACUUCUGAAUGAGAUCUACACAGAGCUCUACAUCACAGAGGGAUGGAGUGGAGACGUCAAUAAUGAACACGAGGUGAGACAGAUUGAGACAGCGUCCAGGAGACCAGCAACACAGGAGAAACCCAUCAACUGUAAUGACCUCUUUAAAGACAAGUCCAUCAGAACUGUGCUGACUAAAGGAGUUGCUGGAAUUGGAAAAACAGUCUCUGUGCAGAAGUUCAUUCUGGACUGGGCUGAAGGAAAAGUAAAUCAGGACGUCACCUUCAUGUUUCCACUUCCCUUUAGAGAGCUGAAUCUGAUGAAGCAGCAAAAUCUCAGUCUCAUGAAUCUUCUUCAUCAUUUUUCCCCAGAAAUAAGAAAACUAGAAUCAAUAGACUGUGACUCCUACAAAGUGGUGUUGAUCUUUGAUGGUCUGGAUGAGUGUCGACUUCCUCUAAAUUUCCAGAAGAAUGAGAGAUUGUGUGAUGUGACAGAGUCAGCCUCAGUGGAUGUGCUGCUGACGAACCUCAUCAAGGGGAAUCUGCUUCCCUCUGCUCUCCUCUGGAUAACCUCUCGACCAGGAGCAGCCAAUCAGAUCCCUCCUGAGUGUGUAGACCAGGUAACAGAGGUACAUGGCUUCAGUGAUCCUCAGAAAGAGGAGUACUUCAGGAAGAGGAUCAGUGAUCAGAGACUGGCCAAUAAUAUCAUCACACACCUGAAGUCUUCAAGAAGCCUCUACAUCAUGUGUCACAUCCCAGUCUUCUGCUGGAUUUCAGCCACUGUUCUAGAGAGAAUGUUGGGUGAAGCAGAGGGUGGAGAGAUCCCCAAGACUCUGACUCAGAUGUUCACACACUUCCUGAUCUUUCAGAUCAAACAGAAGGACCAAAAGUACCAUCAGAAAUGUGACCCUGAUCCCCAGCAGACCAGAGAGAAUAUCAUGGCACUGGGAAAACUGGCUUUCCACCAGCUGGAAAAAGGAAACCUGAUCUUCUAUGAUGAAGACCUGAGAGAGUGUGGCAUUGAUGUCAGAGAUGUGUCAGUGUACUCAGGAGUGUGUACCCAGAUCUUCAGAGAGGAGUUUGGUCUUAACCUGGGGAAGGUUUUCAGCUUUGUUCAUCUGAGUGUUCAGGAGUUUCUUGCUGCUUUAUACACGUUUCUCUCCUUCAUCAGCAGAAAUGUAACAGAACAUCAAACCUCUAACCUGUCUGAUCUCCUCAGGAGUUCAGUGGACAAGGCCUUGCAGAGUGAGAAUGGACACCUGGACCUGUUCCUCCGCUUCCUUCUGGGACUCUCACUGGAGUCCAAUCAGACUCUCUUACGAGACUUAAUGCCACAAACAGGAAGCAGAUCUCACAGCAAACAGGAAACAGUGGAGUACAUCAAGGAGAAGAUCAGGGAGAAUCCAUCUACAGAGAAAUCCAUCAAUCUGUUCCACUGUCUGAAUGAACUGAAUGAUAAUUCACUAGUGCAGGAAGUACAAACUUACCUGAACAGUGGAGGUUUCUGUCGUCUCAGAGGAACCAGUCUCUCUCCUGCUCAGUGGUCAGCUCUGGUGUUUGUGUUAUUGAACUCAGAACAGGAGCUGGAUGUGUUUAAUUUGAGGAAAUAUGAUCGAUCAGAUGAAUGUCUUCUGAGGCUGCUGCCAGUGGUCAAAGCCUCCAGAAUAGCUGAUCUGUGUAACUGUAAUCUGACAGAGGAAAGCUGUAGAGUUCUGUUCUCAGUUCUCAGCUCAAAAUCCUCCAGUCUGAGAGAACUGGACCUGAGUUACAAUGAACUGCAAGAUUCAGGAGUGAAGCUGCUCUCUGAUGGACUGAAGGAUCCACACUGUACACUGGAGAAACUGAGUCUGUUUCAGUGUAAUCUGACAGAGGAAAGCUGUAGAGUUCUGUCCUCAGUUCUCAGCUCAAAAUCCUCCAGUCUGAGAGAACUGGACCUGAGGGGCAAUGAACUGCAGGAUUCAGGAGUGAAGCUGCUCUCUGAUGGACUGAAGGAUCCACACUGUACACUGGAGAUACUGAGUGUGCGUAACUGUAAACUGACAGAGGAAAGCUGUAGAGUUCUGUUCUCAGUUCUCAGCUCAAAAUCUUCCAGUCUGAGAGAACUGGACCUGAGUGAGAAUGAACUGCAAGAUUCAGGAGUGAAGCUGCUCUCUGAUGGACUGAAGGAUACACACUGUACACUGGAGAUACUGAGUCUGCGUAACUGUAAUCUGACAGAGGAAAGCUGUAGAGUUCUGUUCUCAGUUCUCAGCUCAAAAUCUUCCAGUCUGAGAGAACUGGACCUGAGUUACAAUAAACUGCAGGAUUCCGGAGUGAAGCUGCUCUCUGAUGGACUGAAGGAUACACACUGUACACUGAAGAAACUGAGUCUGUGUGACUGUAAUCUGACAGAGGAAAGCUGUAGAGUUCUGUCCUCAGUUCUCAGCUCAAACUCCUCCAGUCUGAGAGAACUGGACCUGAAUAACAACAAACUGCAGGAUUCAGGAGUGAAGCUGCUCUCUGAUGGACUGAAGAAUCCACACUGUACACUGGAGAAACUGAGUCUAUGGGAGUGUAACCUGACAGAGGAAAGCUGUAGAGUUCUGUCCUUAGUUCUCAGCUCAAACUCCUCCAGUCUGAGAGAACUGGACCUGAGUAUCAAUUUACUGCAUGAUUCUGGAGUGAAGCUGCUCUCUGAUGGACUGAAGGAUCCACACUGUACACUGGAGAUACUGAGGAUGCGUUACUGCAGUAUUACAGAUAAAGGCUGUGCUGCUCUGGCUUCAGCUCUGAGGUCAAACUCCUCAUCACACCUGAGAGAACUGGAUCUGAACAAUAAUUAUCCAGGAGAAUCAGGAGUGAAUCUGCUUUCUGACCUACUGAAGGAUCCACACUAUAAACUGAAGACACUACACAUUAAGGAUAAUAAACUCACCACGUCUGGUGUAUGACAGGAGUCUCUCCUCAGACCUUUUUUCCAGGAUAAAUCAGUUAUGGUGGUGAAGCAUUAGAACACGUCCCACAUUUCCAGCAGUUUGGGAGCUGAAUCAUUCAUAUUCAGAUGUAGAAGAUCCAUAACAAUAACUGACUGAUCACAUUAGGGCUGAAACGAUUCCUCGAGUAAUUCAAGUAACUUGAUUACAAAAAUUAUUCGACGCAAAUUCAUCUGCCUCGAAGCCUCUUUUAAUUCAUUUUAAAGCUCACACCAUGUUCUUGGGCUGCAAAAUGGAAUGGAUAACAAUGGCAAUGAGCAAAGAGAAAGAACAAACAGGAGACAACGACGGAAAAUGUCCAAAGGAAACAUUGCUUCAAAGCGCAGGGCAAGACUCAGUUCUGAGCAUGUUGAUAUUCUUACCUUUCUUCAUUGCAAUCACAUUGAAGACUUCACAUCACUUUAAAGACUUUUAAAGCACACACACGUUGAGAGAAAGAGAGAGAGGACUUUUAUAUUCUGAUUAAUAUAUAUACGUAUAUGCUUAAAGCACUCUGUGUGAAACCAUGCAUGGACUCUAGGUCCAAGUUCCUGUCCAUGUUUUUUGUCUCUUAAAUACCUCAAAGCAUCCCAAGAAGACAGCAAAGGCUUAUGUUGUGCCUGAGCUGUAGAUUUUGAAUCUUUUAGUUCUGAAAGUUAAGUUGCAUGACUUGGCAGUAUUUUUGUAUUAUUAUUAUUAUUAUUAUUAUUAUUAUUAUUAUUAUUAUUUAUUUUAAUGUAUGCCUUAGUUUUGAUACUUUAAAAAAGUAAUUUGAAAGUAAUUUAAUUUUUUGUUUUUGCAUCUCAGAAAAGGGUUCAUAUAAAACCCAGAAUGUUUGGCACUUAAAUGUACUUAAUUCUUCUCAGUCAACUUUGUCAUUGUUCACAGUACAAGUACAGUCAGAGAAACAAUGGGUAAUAUCUAAAUGUUUAUUUUUGAUAGAAAAUAUUGUUGUAUGCAUUGCAUACUAUGCAUUUAAAUAAUAAAAGUUCAUUUCAGUCAGAA